CAUGUUUUUUCCAAAAGGUGGGUUCCUCAAUAUUUGGCAACCCGGUUAAGGCCGAGUCUGUAUAGUAGUGCAGGGAGAAGUGCUAGCUAACUGCUAAUAAAAAUGCCACCCAAAGGAAAGGGUGGUAAGGGGGCAAAAGGAGGUGCCUCGGACAGUGGAGACAAAAGUGACAAGAAGGAGAAAGCUCAGAAAGGAGGCACUGCAGUAAAGGUACGCCAUAUUCUUUGUGAGAAACAUGGGAAAUGCAUGGAGGCUAUGGAGAAGCUGAAGUCUGGAGUGCGCUUCAGUGAAGUGGCAUCACAGUACAGUGAAGACAAAGCUAGACAAGGGGGUGACCUGGGCUGGAUGACUCGAGGAUCAAUGGUGGGACCAUUUCAGGAUGCUGCGUUUGCGCUGCCUGUCAGCACAAUGGAUAAGCCUGUAUACACGGAUCCUCCCGUGAAGACAAAGUUCGGCUACCACAUCAUCAUGGUUGAAGGCAAAAAGUGACCUUUGUACCUGAGUGGACUUCAUGGUUCCUCCUGUGUUUUCUUUCUUCUUCUUUUUUUUUUAAACAAAUGGUGUAAAUAUCAUUUAAUAAAAGCCAAACACACACACAC